AUUUGGGGGCUCGUCCGGGAUCGGAGACCCCCACCCAGGGACCACCGACCCACCAACGGGAGCCCACUUGGGACGAUUGCCAACAGCUACUCCAGAUCCUCUUCACCACUGAAGAGCGAGAAAGGAUUCUUCUGGAGGCCCGCAAGAACGUUCUCGGGGACAACGGGGCCCCUACACAACUCGAGAACCUCAUUAAUGAGGCCUUCCCCCUCAAUCGACCUCAAUGGGAUUACAACACGGCCGAAGGUAGGGAGCGUCUUCUGGUCUACCGCCGGACUCUAGUGGCAGGUCUCAAAGGGGCAGCCCGGCGCCCCACCAAUUUGGCUAAGGUAAGAGAGGUCUUGCAGGGACCGGUAGAACCCCCCUCGGUUUUCUUGGAACGCCUGAUGGAGGCAUAUAGGAGAUACACUCCGUUUGACCCCUCUUCUGAGGGACAGCAGGCGGCAGUUGCCAUGGCCUUUAUCGGCCAGUCAGCCCCAGAUAUCAAGAAAAAGUUACAAAGACUAGAGGGGCUCCAAGACUUUUCCUUACAAGACUUAGUAAAGGAGGCAGAAAAGGUGUACCACAAGAGAGAAACAGAAGAAGAAAGACAGGAAAGAGAAAAAAAAGAGACAGAAGAGAGAGAGAGACGGCGUGAUAAACGCCAAGAAAAAAAUUUAACUAGGAUUUUGGCCACAGUAGUAAGUGAUAAAGGGUUUACAGAUAAGCAGAAAGGGACCCUGAGCAACCGGGCAAGACCGACACCUAGGGACAAAAGGCCUCCUCUCGACAGGGACCAGUGCGCCUACUGCAAAGAGAAAGGCCACUGGGCAAGGGAAUGCCCCCGAAAAAAGAAAAACGACAAAAAAGCUAGGGUUCUAUCCCUAGACGACUAGGGGAGUCAAGGUUCGGACCCCCUCCCCGAACCUAGGGUAACAUUGACAGUGGAGGGGACCCCCAUCGAGUUUCUGGUCGAUACCGGGGCUGAACAUUCGGUACUGACCCAACCCAUGGGGAAGGUAGGGUCCAGGCGGACAGUCGUAGUAGGAGCGACCGGCAGCAAAGUCUACCCCUGGACCACACAGAGACUUUUAAGGGUCGGACAUAAGCAAGUGACCCAUUCCUUUUUGGUCAUACCUGAGUGCCCUACUCCUCUGUUGGGCCGGGACAUCCUGACCAAACUAAAAGCUCAAAUCCAGUUUUCUACAGAGGGCCCACAAGUAACAUGGGGAGAUCACUCUACCAUGUGCCUGGUCCUAAACCUAGAAGAAGAAUACCGGCUGUAUGAAAAGCCGGCCUCUCCCUCCAUCGACCCAUCCUGGCUCCAACUUUUUCCCACCGUAUGGGCAGAAAAGACAGGUAUGGGACUGGCCAAUAACGUCCCACCAGUAGUAGUAGAGCUGAAAUCGGGUGCCUCACCGGUGGCCGUCCGACAGUAUCCAAUGACUAAAGAAGCCCGGGAAGGCAUCAGACCCCACAUCCAAAGGUUCUUAGACCUAGGGGUCUUAGUGCCCUGCCAGUCGCCCUGGAACACCCCUCUGCUACCAGUAAAAAAGCCAGGGACCAAUGACUAUCGGCCAGUCCAAGACUUGAGAGAAAUUAACAAAAGGGUGCAAGACAUUCAUCCCUCAGUCCCAAACCCAUACAGCCUCCUGAGUUCCCUUCCGCCUAGUCACACUUGGUACUCAGUCUUGGAUCUCAAGGAUGCCUUUUUUUUGCCUCAAACUACACCCCAACAGCCAGCCACUGUUCGCGUUCGAGUGGAGAGACCCAGAAAAAGGUAACGCUGGUCAGCUGACCUGGACACGGCUGCCACAGGGGUUCAAGAACUCACCCACUCUCUUCGACGAGGCCCUCCACCGGGAUUUAACUCCUUUUAGGGCUCUCAACCCCCAGGUCAUAUUACUCCAAUAUGUGGACGACCUCCUAGUGGCAGCUCCCACAUAUGAAGGCUGCAAAAGAGGGACACAAAAGCUCUUGCAGGAACUGAGUAAGUUGGGGUACCGGGUAUCAGCUAAAAAGGCCCAGUUAUGCCAGAAAGAGGUCACCUAUUUGGGGUACCUGCUCAAGGAGGGAAAAAGAUGGCUGACCCCGGCCCGGAAAGCUACAGUUAUGAAGAUCCCUACUCCCACAACCC